UCCCAUGAGCUGCCUCGUGAUCUGCCAGUAAGCCGUGGCACGCCUCAUGGCGUAGACAUGUACUCAUGCAUGUGUAGCAUGUUGAUAUUCAGCUGGACGUCAGCGCUUCAACAUCUGCUCCCUUAGUUAUGUCCUCUCUCCCACCUAGCAGAGUAGGGUCUCCUGCGCCGAACGGGCCUUUCAUACAAUUCCCCAAGCCAUUCCUACACCCAAAUGUCUCCCGACUUCGCUCGUUUACGCCAAGGAGCUCCUCUGCUCCCAGCACUGGUUCGCCCCAUGCUCAACCUUUAAUUAACUUCUCCCCAUCUCCAUCUCAUUUCUCUGAGAUUUCACGGACAUCAUCUCCUUCAGCGGGCCAUAAUGGACUUCUGACAGGCCAGGAGAGAGAAGUGUUUCGGUGGUCGUCACUCCGGAGCGCAGGGUCUCAUCUUUACAAUCAGAAACCCGGAAAAGCAUCGGCUGUCCUCGGGGAUCUUCUCACGGGAGCUCCCAUGGUCCUGACUGCUAAUGGGUUUAUUUGCGUUGGGACAGACAAGGGCCGCAUAUUCGUUUUUGACUUCAAGCAAACAUUGAAGUACAUAUGUGGCAGUGACUCGUCUGGAUCGACUGCUGGGCCUGUCUCAGCGAUCGCGCUAUCAAACGACCAUACAUUUGUCGCAUCUGGGCAUACUACGGGCUACAUCCAACUUUUCAACUUGAAAACCCCUGAAGUUGCAGCUCGAACCGUGACACCUGUUACUCUUGCCGCUGUCACAUCUGGCCGACAGGAAGGACAUCUUCCAGGCUCCCGUAUCAUCAGCAUAUCCUUCGUGGCUGGCCGUCAUACAGCUGUGGUAUCUGCUGAUGAGCACGGUCUGUCUUUUUACCACAGCCUUGGUAAAGUGCUAUUUGUGGAGGCAUCAGACACAAUACGCAUUUUUGGGAACUAUCAUGGAGAGGACGCUGCCGAAGCUAGUGUCUCUGGUCAUCCCGCGAAUCCAUCAUCACAACAGAACGCACUUGAUCACCUUUCCUUUCGCCGCAGAAGACGACCACGCAACACAGUCCUUGCAAUGACUACUCUUCCCCUGGGUCCUCUUCCACAUCCCACCGAUGUAUAUCAAAUCGUUACUUUGCUGACGCCCACAAAACUUGUUGUCGUUGGCCUGAAGCCUACUCCGAAGACAUGGCUGAAGAUUAUGCGAGAUGAGGAACAAUUGUCGUCCCCUGCUUAUCGAAGGAGAGGUUGUCUUGCGUGGUUCCCCAGCGUUCAAGAUAGUUCUACAGAGAAAUCAGACAAAACAGUCAGCAUGAAGAACGCAAAGAGCGGGAAACAACCACAACGCCCGCCAACUCAUCCUGUCCUCUCGUAUUCGUGGGGGAGUCACGUAUAUCUAUUACGUGUACACGAACAGAAGACCAAACAGACCGUAUCAAACAGCCGCACAGGGAAAACGAGCGAAGUGGAAGUUGGCACGCUAGUGUUCGAGGAGGUGGGAAAGUGGUUGAUGGAUGAUGCCGUCCUUGCUAUCCAAUGGCUCAAUGUCAAUCAAUUGGCCAUAUUUACUGCGAGCGCCUUGAGUAUCUAUGACGCUCAUGGCAUGAAAAUCGUUGAAGCCGUGCGAUUCGACUCUUCCUCUCUGGUAUCACCUUCGCUAGGCCAAACGGGUAAUGGUUCGAUAUCAUACUCGGAUUCUGUGAGAGAUAUCGCACAUAGUAUUCGGACCUACAAAGGAAAACUCUUCCUUCUGGGUCGACAAGAACUGUUUGUUGGUACCUUGCUUAGCUGGGCUGACAGGAUCCUGUCGUUCGUUGAACAGGGUGAUUUUCUCAGUGCCAUCGAACUGACCCGGACGUACUAUACGGGCGAAGCUCCUGGAAACCGCAAUGGUCUUCCCGAGGACCCAGAAGAGCGGCAAACCGUGAUCGCAGAUAAAAUUCACGACCUCAUGAUGGCGUCCUCCCGUUUCACAUUUUCCGAAGAUCGUAUGACAGAUGGCACCCACGCGUCCCUUGAUGGACGGGGCGUAGAUCGCACCUCGCUCUUUGAAGAUCUGGUAGCAACUUGUGCCCGUGCUUGUAUUGCUUUGGAUGACUUCGAUUUCCUAUUCGAGGGGUUGUUCCAGCAGUACGAAGACGCUGGCAUCCACCGGAUGUUCCUCCACCAACUUGAACCUUUUGUGUUGGAUGGCAGCAUCCCUUUAGUGCCUCCUCGCAUUACUCAGCGACUGGUGGCGCUACAUGAGGAGGGCGGACGUCCAGAUCUCGCAGAAAGAAUCAUCUGGCACAUCGAGCCAUCCUGCUUGGACAUUAACCAAGCCAUCAAUCUCUGCCGAACCCACCAGCUAUGGGAUGCGUUGGUUUAUGUGUACACUCGUGCAUUGCGAGAUUAUGUCUCUCCCAUCAUCGAAUUCCUUGCCCUCAUCCGCAGCUUAUAUCAGAACCCAGCGCCUACGGACACCGUCAUCAAGAAUGCCUAUAAGAUUUAUUCUUACUUGGCGACCGUGUUAUGUGGGCAAAUCUAUCCCAGUCAGGAGCCUUUGGAGCCAGACGAGGCUUCAUUCGCCAAAAGAGAUGUGUACUCGUUCAUUUUUUGCGGACAUUCCACUACCUGGCCCGCCGAAGAAGGAAAUCUGGUUCUGACAUCCCAAGAUGAGAACGGUAUGGAGCCAACAUAUCCCUAUGCUCGACUCUUGCUCCGCUUCGAUGCUGAAUCGUUCCUGCAUUGUUUGGACAUGGCCUUUGAGGACUCGUACCUACACGAAUCUUCAGACAUGAGUCGCCUUAUGAUAGUGAGGAUUCUAUUGGAUAUCAUGUCCAGUGAAGAUCUCUCACCAUCUGGUGUCACGUUUAUGAACAUCUUCAUUGCACGGAACGUUCCGAAGUAUCCCCAGUACCUUCAAGAUUUUAUCGCGCCUAGUGUCCUUCAUAACGUUCUUACUGCACUCGCCACUCAGCCCGAAGUGGAAACACGAGAGGACCGUCAGCUCGCAGCAGAGUAUCUCCUGUCAGUUUACACCCCCCAUGAUGAAGACCGACUGCUUCAGCUCUUUGAGGAUGCAGGAUUUUACCGCAUCUUACGUAGUUGGUACCGCCACGAGCGACACUGGGGUCCCCUCCUCACUGCAUUCCUUCAUGAUCCCGAACUCCGCCCUUCAGAAAUGUUCAGCGGUUUGGAGGAAGUCAUUGUCAGUUCGAUAAGAGACAACAAAAAGCAGGUCCCUGGUGACAUCAUCAAUAUUCUCACCACCUCGCUUGAUGAACUCUUACAAGCCGAUGUUCUUGCAACUGCGUCUCUUCUAGACAAGCACGCCCCUGAACUCCACGAGACGGCCCUUGAGAGCUCGCGCUUGUCGGAUGAUCGUGACCAAUUCAUCUACCUCAAUCACCUGGUCCCUGACAGUGAAUAUGACCAGUAUUCUCCCACUUCCAGUUCUCCAAGUCACAUCAAUAGCCGACUUCGCCACCGCUUCAUCCGCUUGCAGUGUCGCUUUGCGCCUUCUGGUAUCAUUGAUGUCCUUAAACGUUUACAAGACGGCAUUGACUGGUCGACGGCGCUGAGUAUAUGCGAGGAGGCAGGAGCGUAUGAUGCUGUCAUAUGGUCCAUGAAUUACAGGGGGCAACCACAGGAAGCCCUCUCAAAGGCCGACGUGUUUGAGAAGCAGCUCACGCUAGAUCUCACACGCACGCUAGCCUCGCCAGCUCCUGGUUCCACGGACUCCGUUAACAAAUACUUGAAUGAUCUGCAAGCCAUCGGACGGCGUGGCAUUUCAGUAUGCAUGGAGCAUUCCAGCACGUCCUCUGCUGGAGAAGUUCCUCUCGAAGACAUUUGGUAUCAACUUCUGAGCAGCCAGAUUCAUACUGUGCAAGCCCUCUCGGCCUGCUGUUCCACUGGCAAAGGUGGUGACGCAGGGCUUGAGGGUGAAGUGUUGUCGACUUUGCGGGCUAUCGUGCAAGAGACGUUCGCGUCUUUGGUUUCUGUAAGCUCGACCCAGGCAGUAUCUUUUCCUCGACUGUUCAAGCGUUUGGUGGAUCCUGCCGUUCACUCCGGCACAACGGGCACCCCGUAUACGGAGUUCCGUGCGAUUCUGACUGGCAUGCUGGAAUCGUACCGAACUGAUGGAGACAUGUUGAUCAUCUCGAAACGUCUCAUUGAUCGGGAUGUCUUCGAUUCAGUAGAGUUAUAUGCAAAGGAGAAAAUGCGUGGCUGGACCCCAUCUUGCGGUGUAUGUUCAUCUUGCGGUCGGACUUUACUUCCUUCUCAGGCAGAUGCUGAGAACGUUCAGAUUAGACUUUCACGGACAGGGACUAUAUACCAUCUUGGGUGCUCUACUUAAUGGCAUGUUUUGUAAUUAAUCAAUGUUCUUGCUACUGCGAUCGAAGAA